AUGCGCGACCUUGCACUCUUUCGUGCCGCUCGCUCGCCGGUGCGCGGCGCAUGGCCUCCCGCGCGGCUCGCGCUCACUCGGCCUGCCUCCGCCUCACGGCUGGCUGAGCAUGCCAUGGGUCCGCCUGGUGCGGCGCUGCUCGCUCGCUGCGCUGCACAAAGCUGCGAGAAGCAGGGUGGCCUCCUGAGCUUGAGCAUGGCGCAGCGCGGCUGCUGGUGCUCGAGGGCGGCCGUGCAGUGGCGUGAGGGCCUGAUUGGUGGUGACCUCGUGCUGCUUCAGCGUGCGCAGCAUGCUCCCUCACCCGGUGCUGAGACAUGCUGGUGGGCGACUGGCGCCAGCUUCUCAGUGCUGUCCCUGGCGUUGUGCAGCAUGUCGCAAUACUCCUGCUGCGCUGACCGGCGCGCGGGGCGCGUCGUGCCGCGAGAGGAGCGAGAGGCUCGAGGCGCGCGGCUGUCGGUCAACCCUGCGGCGCAUGCGCGCCGCCAAGGCUGCUCGACAGGCGACUGGCAUUGUGGCGACGCGGUCGCCGUUACUCCAACUUUGCUUUGCCGAUCAAAAGCGCCCGUCCUUUCCUUUUUAGCCGCCGAAAUUUAG